AUGGAGACCCUUCUGGCGAAGGCGCUGGAGUCGAAACUCAAGUACUACCUGCGCUCGUACACGCGCGACCAGUUUCGCCUGCAAGGCCGCACCGUGGAGCUCUCCAACCUCGGUAAGCCGCGGCGCCUGGCAGCAGCACGCAGAGGCGCAUUGGGCGAGCAGGGAGACCUGAAUGGCGAUGUGCUGCACUCCAUCAUCGGCCUGCCAUCCACCCUGCGAGUGGCAAAGGCACAUGUGGCCAAGCUGGAAAUAAAGCUGCCAGCGCUGUCGCUGGUGAACAAGGAGCCCACCGUGGUCGCCAUCUCCACACUCGACCUCGUGCUGCGCGAGACUGCUCCCCACGAGGCCCCCCUCUCCUCCCCGGGUGCACUGGCAACGAAGAGCACAUCGUAUGGCUUCGCGGACAAGAUAGCGGACGGCAUGACGUUGGAGGUGGGCGUGGUGAACCUCAUGAUUGAAACGCGCGGCGGCAGAGAUGUGUCGGGCCACGAUGCCGCCACAUGGAUACCCCCCAUUGCCAGUAUCACCAUUCGGGGCCUGCGCCUCUGCACCACCAACGAGCGCUGGCAGGUGGUGAACCUGGCGGACACACGCACCUUCUUCGCCGCCCUCAAGUGCAUCUACAUCUUCCGCCUGUUGGAGUGGGAGUCGCUGUCAAUAGACCUCAUACCGCACCCCGACAUGUUCCACGCGUCGCUCGAGGUCAACUCCAGCAAGGAGGGGCAGGAGCGCGAUGGCGACGGGGCCAAGCGGGCCUUCUUUGGAGGGGAGCGAUUCGUGGACGACAUCCGAGGCCGGGCUUACGUGACGAUGCAUCGCACGGAGUUGAACAACCCGUUGGGACUGGAGGUGGACAUGCAGCUGUCAGAGGCCAACGUGCCCGUGCUCACUGAACCAGGGCUGCGAGCGCUGAUGCGGUUCAUGACGGGCAUGUACGCGUGCCUGCUGCGAUCCGACCUCACCGACAUGAGCCAAGUCGGUCCCGAGACAGCAGGGCGAGUGCUCAUCUCGCUCACCCUGGAACGCCUCUUCAUCCGCAUCCAGGAGGAAGACUACCAGCUGGAGCUCAUACUGCAGUCACUCAAAUACGUGCAGGGCAGUGCCUCGGAGCCCGACAGUGCCACGGUGGCCAACAUGGUGCGCCUCUACCUCGGCCAGCUCUUUCUCAAGGACACGUAUUCGGACCCGCCAGUGGCGUUGCUGCAGCCGGUGCAGGAGCACGCGAGCAGCGACGUGGAGCGCGUGCCAUCGUUCGCCAGCGAGCACGUGUGGCCGCGCAUCUACCCCGUGGACACCGACGACGACUGCCUGCCCCCGCCCUCCAUGUUCCGCCUCUUCUCCGCCUUCUCCCUCCCCCCCGCCCCGCCCCCCGCCGUCGCCUCUCAGCUCGUCAUCCGCUGCGACCCCCUGCAGAUCAGUCUACAGGAGGAGUCAUGUUUCCGCAUAGCAUCGCUGGUGGCGGAUGGGCUGAUGGUACAGCAGGCGGACAGCACCCCGCCCGUGCCCGCGCUGCGCUACCUGCUCUUCAUGCUCGACGGGCUGCACCUCUCCCUCUCCGUGCCCCCUGCCGCCUUCGCCCCGCCUUCUCCCUCCGACGCCGCCGCCCCCGCCAACCCUGACUCGCCCUCCCAGGCAGGGGAAGGGGGAGCAGGGGCGACAGGGGGAGCGGGGGAGGAGGCGCGGUUCACGGGGGCGCGCGUGCAGGUGGGGGGGUUCAGCGCCAUGCUGGACUCGUUCAUGCCCUUCGACCUGCUCGAUGUCGAGCGUGACGCCGCGUGCUUUGCACUGUGGCCGGGGCAGCCCGUGGACGCGGGCCAGAUGCGCCUCGCCGUGUGGGCCGACCUGCUCUCUGUCUCCCUCGACGUGGGGGACAGCCAGGGGGGUGAUGACAGCAGUACAGGGUGGGGGAGAGGGAGCGCCCGAGGGGGCGGUGGAGGGGAUGAUGACGAUGCAUGGGCGUCAUCCCCGGUGUCAUUUGAGGGGCAGUCGCGCCUGGCAGCGGCGGCAUCACAGCAGCUGCAGUGCAUGUGCAUCAAGGACCCGCGCCUCGAGAUGGCCUUGCUCUCCCACGACGGCAAGCCCAUCGCGCGCAUGCCUCCCCCGGGCGGCACGUUUCGGCUGGGCGUGGCGAGCCAGGAGGUGACGUGCAACACGUCGCGGGUGCAGCUGCUGUUUGUGCUGCGCAUGGCGGACUACCUCACGCGGGUCAGCCGUGCGCUCGUCAAGGUGGGCAAGGGCAACCAGCGCGUCACCGACCCCUCCAAGGGCCUCUCUGCUCUCGUCGAUGCCGCCUCCGCCACGACCCCAACUGCCUCCGCAUCUCAACCUGCCAAGAACAGCAGCAGCGGUGGCAGCGGUGCAGGGGGGGGAACGGCGUCAGCGCUGUCAGAGCUGGCUGCACUGGCCCCGGGGGACAGUGCGGUGUCGCUGGCAGUGGACGCUCUCAACCUGCGCAUGCUGGAAUCAGGCCACACAGGCGACGGCAGCGCUGGUGACGAGGGUGCGGUGCUGUCGCAGCUGGUGGGGCGCGGCAUGAGCAUGAAGGUGACACACCAGUCGCUGGGUGGCGCUGCUGCCACGUCAUCCACCAUCACGUGGCAGAGCAUUCGCGUGGAGUGCGUGGAGACAGAAGAGACUGCAGAUGGGGCAGCAGCUGCUGCUGCAUCAGGGCUGCAGUCACCCGGCAGCAGUGCUGGCCCCCCGCACUUGCGGGCGGUGCUGUGGUCGGGCGACGGGGACAGUGACAUGGACGCCCUGGCGCGCACUGGCACCAUGAGCGCACCCGACGCCUCCUCCGCCGCAGGCUUCACCCUCACGCGCUCACCCUCCGCCUCCGCGUCCGCGCUGCCGUUCCUGCACCUGUCGGUGCUGCAUGUGCUGCCAUACGACAGCAACGAUGCCUCGUCGCACUCGCUCACGGUGGAGGCCAAGGUGGGCGGGGUGCGGCUGAGCGGCGGGUGGAGCUACAACGAGGUGCUGCUGCGCCGCUUUGGUGUGCUGGACGGCACCACGGGGGGCCCGGGGGCGCACAUCGUGCACCUGCUGGACGUGCUCCAACACAGCGAGGCCCUGCGCUUCCUCCUCGCCUCCAGCACCGACGAGCCAGCAGCUCCGCCAGCGGACCCGGCAGCAGCGGCGGCGGCAUGGGAGGUGGCGCUACCGCAGGAGAUGGACGUGGACGUGCAGCUGCUGGACUGGCUCUUCGCCCUCGAGGGCGCCCACAAGGCCUUCGUGGCUCUGCCCUCCACCACAGCGCACGCCGUGCAGCGCCGCGAGGACCUGUCAUGGCACUCCACAUUCCGCAUGUUCCGCGUGUCCGCGCACAGCAACCCCUUGAACGAUGCGCACCGCCGCACCGGCACCACGCACCGCCCCCCGCCUGCUCCCGGCAGCAGCCCCGUGGCCAACAUCCUGAUCCGAGUGGAGGGCAUUCAGGCGUUCAAGCCGCGCAUAUUCGACGCCUCGGAAGCGUCAGUCUGCUCGCCGUCCGUGCGCCCCUCUGCUGUGUCUGUGUCCGCCUCCGACUCCUCCCUCGAGCUCUCCACACACCCCGCCUCGCCCUCCUCGCGCCCCAUCUCUCGCUCCGCCUCAGACGCACCCCUGCCGCACCACACGUCCCUUGGAGCGCCUGCAGCACCAGGUGCAGCAGCAGCAGCGGGAGGCCCUCUAGGGUCAUCGGCGCGCAGUGGGCUGGAUCUGGAGCUGCGCCUCGCGUCCAUGCCCGCUGCACCCGACACUGCAUCUGCCAGCGCAUUGGGUGUUGGCAGCAGUGGAGCGGCGGGGGCGGGCAGUGAGGCGGGGGAGGCGUGGGUGGUGAGGAGCGUGCAGAUGGCCGUGCAGGAACCGCAUGACUGCAUGGGCUUGUGUGGCACAACCAACCGUGUGGCUCCCCCCGUCUCUGUGCGUGUGAUGAGGCAGGUGACAGUGGAGGCGACCAAGGAGGACCUGCAGCACCUGCUGGACGUGUGCAAGAUGGAGCUCAGUGCCGCCAGUCGCAUUGCCGUGGGCGGGCUCAUGCUGCUCAGGGAGCGUGGCAGCAGCAUCGUCACGCAGGCCACCAUCGACCAGCUCGUCCACUUCGGUCCGCCAUCUCUUCUUCGACUCACCCCCCUGGCUUUUCUCCUCUUCUGCCUCCUGCCUUGGCCUUGCAACUCUCACUCCCUCUGUAACAACCAUUCUCUCCUCUCAUCCUUCUGCGGCGGUCUUCUUCGCUUCCCCAUCUUGCCAUUCAUCUUUGCAUCUUUCGUUCCAUGCGCUCUGCGAAUGGUGCUGCUCUUUGCUUUCCGUGUGCUGCUCGUCCCUCGCCUGUGUUGUGUUCCAGGCAAGCGGCUGGUGAGUGGAGACGAGUCGCUGGCGUCGCUGGCACAGGCGGUCCAGGAGGUAGCCACUGACAACCUGACAGCCGAUGCCGCGGCACACGUGGCAGCGCGUGAGCAGCAAGUGCUGCAGGCCACCUCCCGCAUGCACUCCCUGGCCGCCCAGCUUAAGGCGCAGCUGGAUGCGGCAGAGACGGGUGGGGAGGAGUUGAGAGGCAUGCGAGGGGAUGUGGAGUCCUUGUUGGCGGAGAUAGAGACUGUCAAGAAGAUGCUGGCACAGGCAGGUGGGAAGGGAAGUUAG